AUGCGUUCACCGCAGGAAGGCCCGGUGCCACGUCUGGCGAUUGUCCUCGGUAGCGAAGUCUCGCUUGUCACCCUCCAGCAGGAGUGGGCCGCGUUUCCACAAGGGGUCUCCUAUGCAGAAUUUCGACAGCUGCUUGACCCGCAUAUCAGACCACACCCCUGCUUUUCCGAAGCUACAAACGCGAACGUUGCUCUGCUGCACUCAUGUACCCUGCCUCUCUGCGGCAUCUCUGCCUCCUCGCCCUCCGCAUCCCCAUGCGCACCCGGAAAGCUUCCACAAGUGCUUUCCAGCGCCCCAGUGACCCCUGCCCCCGCCGCCUUCGAUGAUACCAGUUCAAAUCGGGAGGCGGAACGAACCCGCCGUAUCCGCACUCGGCAGGAACUAGCUGGCGUCACGACACGCUCUGUCGACCCCAUCAAACACCUCUUCAACCGCAUCGACAUCCACAAUCAACAGCGUGUCACCUGGGAGGAGCUAGUGAACUACCUGGUUGCCGAGGCGAGCAUCGAUGCGGCAGGAAAGAGGCUCAGUACCACCACUUUGAAUCGGUUUACCUUCUCGCGGCUGCUGCGAGGGCAAUCAAAGCGCUCCCAGGAGAAGCAAAAAAUAAAGAAGGACACUACCGCCGAGGCACCCACAUUCAAGCGUUACUACCGCGACGUCCAGGGUGUCCCUCAGACAUGCCGCACGCGCGUCGGCGAAGACAGCGAUGCCAUACGCAGGCGCGCUGUAGCGGUUGUUCACGAGGACGAGGAUCUCGCACUCAUUCGUUUCCUCGACGGCUUGCCCGGACACAAGUCGCUUUUCUUCGCCUCUACCCGCAGCUGCUCUUUUAUCCUUUAUUCGAAGGGUACCCUCGAGCGUGUCUACUCGGCACCACCGGAGAUGCUCCCAGGAGUGAGCCCCUCCGCUGUUUCUUAUCUGGAUGGGUGUGACUUGUUCUUAUGCUACUCUUCGGACGAUCGACUACUGCGUGGCUGGUUCUCGCUUCUCUCGCACGCCGUCACGACCAUGACCGUCACACCGCUACUGGUGGAGGGUCUAGUGCGUCGCAUCCAGGCGAUGCCGCGGGAGUCGCCCACCUACGCCGAUUACACAGAGACGGUCUUCCUCGGCAACAGCUUCGGCCACGUACUGCGCGUCGUUGCCCCUCACAGGCACAGCGGUGGAAUGGAGUUCAAGGUGGUGCAGACCUUUUCCAACCUGCACACGCGCGAAUCCGGUGGUCUUGUCGAUUUCUGCCUCUACGGAGCGCAUCUCUACUCGUGCGGCUUUGACGGGCGACUCGUGGCCACUUCUCUGCUCACAGGGAAGUCAUCCGACCUUGGUAGGGUAGUAAAUGAGCACUUCACCACACUCGUGUACGUCCCAGAGCACGAUUGGGUUGUUGCGGCGACCUCGUGUGGGCGCCAGCUGCUUUGGUGGGAGGCGCACUCGCACGGCACUCUGCCUGGCACGCCGUUUGACCUGGCUGGACACGGCGAGCACGUCGCAUGCAUCAUUGCACUCAUUUAUGUGGCGGCAGCUGACCAUGUGGUGAGCGCCGACUCCAAUGGCGUCAUGAAGGUCUGGGAUGCAUCGACGCAGCGUUGUGUGCAGUCGUUCCGGGGAAAUCGCGUACCGCAGCGCCUCGGCAGCUCAAUUUGUACUGUGCCGGCAACCAACACGCGUACCGCAGCGCAUCCCAGCAGCGGACUGCUCACCGGCAAUCUUGCAGGACUCUUUGUCAAUCUGGGACUGCUUUCCUUGUUACCGACAGGUGCGGGACAGGCGAGUUACGUGGGCGGACCCCAGUGCCACAGCUUGAUUUACUGCGAGUCGACGCAGGAGCUUCUCUGUGGCUUUGUCAACUCCAUCGUCUCCUGGGGAUUGCGCGGUCGCGACAACUCACUUGUGUGUGAUGAGGAAGAGGUGUGCUACGACAUCAUAUAUGAUAUUCGCACCCGCACCUUCCUGGUGCAGGGCGCGACGCGACUCAGCGUGUGGGAUGGCCUGCAUGGGCACCGUCGCGGUGUGGUAAGUCAGACGGCGCUCUCCGGCGUAUUGCAGGCCGGCGUCGAUAUCAAGGCGGUUUGCAUCGACGAACUUGGGAGUCGCGUGUUUAUUUCGCUGUGCGACGGGGAUGUGGUCUCGUACACCACUCAAGACCUCGCGUCGGAUGCCUCGCAAUGCACGUCUGCCACAGCAACAGUCUGGUGGCGUGGCAAUUCUCUCGGCUCUGGCACCACGGGGGGUUCGACGGCGGUGGUGGAGCAGAUGCAUUACUCGUCCAUCUCGCGCACGUGGAUCGCGAUUACGUCAAACGGAGCGCUGCUGGUUCGAUCGGAAGAGGACAAUCAGGAGGUCCUUUUCUCAGUCACCAUCUCUGUCUCUCCGUCGCCCUUGAGCCAACUACGGGUGUCGGAGGAGCUUGGGCUCGUCGCUGUGACGGAUGCGCAGCACACCGUGUACAUCUACGAUAUGCAGGCGUGGAUGGAUGCCCCGGUUACGAAGAGGCUUGCCGGGUACGGCGCUCUUGUGGAUCUGGUUUUUCUCGGCAGUGCCCCAGCUUUGGUCACGGUGCAUGCCGGCGGCGUUUGCCGGUGCUGGUCAUGCGCGCCAGUGGUGGAGCGGUUCAAACUGCUCAGCGUCUUUUGCCAUCCUCGGCAUCCCACACCUGAACUCUGCACAGCGGUCACAAUAGAGGCAGAGCGUGCAUCGAUGGGGAUGGUGGAGAGGACGCGCCUUGGUAGAGCGGUAACGACGCGUGGACGGCUGCCAAUGCAGUCACCAGCGAUGGCACCGUGUCUUCACAUGACUGCUGCCACAACCACUGGCGGCAACGACGCCUUGUACGCGACUGCUAUUAGCCCAUUGCCACUUGGAACUACGCUGCCUAAGAUCGCCUGCAUUUCUCGUCCUGGCUCGGCCUAUGUUGCGUCACGGCCGGCAACGCCUAGGCUGCGUGUAUCGCAGUACGGGUCCUCCAUUCUGCAGCAGACCAAGUCGAGUUUUGAGGAAACCUCAGCCGACUCGACAGGGGUUGCGGGUGAUGCCACGUCGGCCUUCAUGGAAUUCUCUAUGCCCAUGAGAAAGUCUGCUGCGGACGCGCUUCACGACAUUCCCACUGGCGAGGACUGGCUUGGGAUCGCAGCAACUCCUACCGCAUCCGUCGAGUUCACCUCCGCGGCCUACGACGGACGGCAACAUCACUUGUUCCUCGGCGACUCUGAGGGCGUCGUACACACCUAUCGCAUGUGCCCCCUUCUCCAAGCCUACAGGUUGCCCCGAUGCACCCACGCGAGUCGGCCAGCGUUUUCGCUGACAGUCGCGACGGAAUCCACUGGACUGGAUGCCGGCGAUGGCCUAACAGUCCCCACACUGGUGUGGUCGGUGCAAGUGCAUGUGAACCAGAGUGCCACCACAGAGCCAGGUGCAGAGGCACGUCCAGCUUCCGCGUAUCAUGGCAGUAUGCCGACAACGACCCAGCACGGCAGUGAUCGGUGCGGCGUGGUGUGUGUGCGGUGGUUUGACGAUCGUGGCGUGCUCGCUACCUCCGGCUACAACCACGAGGUAUGGUUCCUUGACAGUAGUGUGGGAGAGAAGGUCGCCUGCUUGUCGGCCGAGCAACUACCUUCUCGACUCGAUCACGCGGACCGAGCAUUGUCAGCUUCGUGGCACUGCCAGGGAACGCUGACGCAAGACCUGAUGGUUCUGAGUGGGGUGCUCGACAGACAAAGACCCGAGGCCGCUAGUACACUGCCUCCUCACAACACGUUCAGUCUGCCUCCCUUGCCGCGCUACGACGAUUUGAACGACGACAGUGCCGUUGCUUUCCUCACGGGGGUGUCGCAGCCGCACUGCUGCGCACACCACACCACAGGCAAGGAUUCGUCUGCGACAGAGGAGGGCCAGGGGGCGGUGUCGCUGUCGCCGCAGAGCGAAGAGGUGACCGACAUUUCGGCCACCUUGUCAAAUCCACGACUCACAUCGUUGGGCUUUGACCCACUGGGGUCUUGUGUAGGCCAGGAACAGGCAACUUCCAGCCACCUCUUCAGGUACUCGUGCCUGGAGGCGACCGUGACGUCGAGGCACGACAGCCCAGCAACAGUGCUUAAGGACUACAUGCAGCGACUGAAGACCCGACGCGGCAGCAGCGGCAGAUCGCAGCGCUGCAGCACUUUCUUGAGUCCGUUGCCGCGCCUACCAUCUAGUCAACAAGCGCUAGCCGAGGACGUGCUUCUAUGUUGGGGACCCCUCCCACACCACACCUCGUUGCCCGCCGGUAAUCCCCUCGAGGAGGGUGAGUACCCGCACAGCACCGCUUCUGCCGUCCUGAGUACGACAUGCCCCACCGGCAGCGGCGGUGACAUGCACGUUCACAUCGCAGACUGGCAGAAGCGUGACCUGAUGGGGAUGCGAAAGUCACGGAGCAUCAAGCCCCAGGCACCGGUGCCCCCGGUCUCGCACAACACUCUGGUGAACGUGGAGGAGAGCAAGUCGCACAAUACAGAGGUGACAGGAAAGCCUCUUCUUUUGGGACCAGCUGGCGGUGUCUCCUGGCAUGCAGUGCGUACGGCCGCAGCAGCAGACGUAGCGCCGGCAGUCACAGACGCUGCAGUUUUAGAAGACGGUACAACCCCUUCGUGCGGUGCGCGGAGCUUGACAGCUAACGUGGCGACGUUGAACGGCCCACAAAGCGACGCCGCAGGGAGGGCGACAGACACAAGCUGCAGCACCUUGUCCUUCAGCGUCAGGGAAGACUCGGUAGCCAUCGGCCACUGUGUCACCGUGAAUGACUCGUUUUGCAUUAGUAAUGCUACCUCCCCGGCGCUAGCGUUGCGCAUCUCAGGAAGUGCGCUGGCAGCCCCCGUUCUCGACGCGGAUAAGAGCGCAGCGGUUCAUCAACAGAAGCAAAAGCCGUUGUCCCAACUGCAGCAAGCUCAUGGAAAGAUCAGACCCAAUUUCGCCACCGACAUCGCUUUGCAGCGCUACGGGCGUCUCCCACGAGUGCCGUUCACGCAGUCGUCAGCACCCGGACAUCAUAGCCGUAUGAGGGCGCCUCACUCCAUCAAGAAGGCCCGCUGGACGCAUGUUGAUGGAAAGUGCAGUUCUUCGACUACAAAUGACGUGGCAGUGCACUCGUCUUUCCAGGGCAUUACAGAGCGAGCCCUAUCAUCCGUCCCUGCGACGACUCUACGCCCACCGCCUAUGUUGGCGUACAGCAGCGAGUUUGAGGGAGUGUCGACGUUGGAGAUGUACUCUAGUGAACUCCAUCAGUGCCUUCGGCGACCGCACCGAUAG